AUGCCUAAAGAGGAAGGUAAAAAGGAUUCUUCGGAUGGCGAAGAUAUUCCUAGUGACUUUUUCGAUGAUUUUUGUAAGGAUGACUUUAUGCAAGUUAUCGACAGUUGGAAUACAGAGGACACAAAUGAUACCCGCGAAAGAGGAAGGAUUAACAAAGAUGCAGUCAAUAGCGUCAACGAUCUACGCGAACUUAUCGUUAAAGAAGAAAGCCAGGAAAGGCGCCGACGAGAUAGAUCCAGGCACAACGAAGGUGAGGAAAAAUCUCUAGAUGACUACAUACGCCCUGGGAGUCGUCGAGACCCUAGCAAAACACUUUCAGCUAUUAAGAAGGAUAAGGAAGUAAAGGUGAAGGAGCUGCUUGCUAAACAACUCGAUGCCACAGAUGAUAUUAGACCACCUGGCACUGAAUUGGAUGACUAUUAUGAUGACAGCAGACAUAGAGUCAAAAAGAAAUUGGCAGAGGAAGUAGCUAGAAAAAAUAUGAUAGAAAAGGACAUGGAAUCAUCACCUCUGAGGCACACUGAAGAAACUCAAAGAAGACGAAGGGAUUCACCAAAAUAUCGUCGUUUCUCACCUUUAAAGAGGCGCAGAGAAUCUCCUUUUCGACAUCGAAGGGAUUCCCCACCAAGGUAUCAUCGCGGCUCACCACGACGAUACUCGCCGCAAAAACGUCGUGGAUUUUUACGAGGUAGCCCUGACAACUACGUUUCGCGCCAUCGUCGCCCUAACUAUUCGCAUUGGAGCCCAAAACGCAGUCCUAGAAGGCAUCGUAUUAGUCCAGACAGAAGACGGGAAAGUCGUUCCAGGUCGCCCUACAAACGCUUCAGGUCAAGAUCGCGGUCUCUUGAUAGAAAAAAAGGACAUUCCUCCGAUAAAACCUAUGUUUCGCGCACUGCUGAUGUAUACUCCGAAGAAAAGAAAUUUUUACCUCCUGUAAAUAAUGAGUAUGUACAUCCAUACUCAUAUCCUCAGGCUCCUAGUUACCCUGGCUAUACUGCGGCUUACUACCCACCGUCCACUCCUAUGUCACAACUACCACAGCCAGUACCUGCUCCAAGUAUGGUGCCUGCACCUUCCCAAGUGUCCCCAGCUGAUUCUGCCAUGCCUGCUUCACAAAGUAUGGACUCAGCAUUGGCUACACCAUACGAUGCAUUGGCUAAAUUAGUUGCUGAUGGAAAACUUUCUCAUGAAGAUUAUUUAAAACUUGCACCUAAUAAAGGUUCUACUCCUAAUGUGGAUCCUAAGGAGAGGGUUGCCGUGUUGAGUCGGUGUAGAAUAGCUAUGGAUCAUCUCUCCAAGCUGGAAUUACCAAAUCGUUUACUCAUCUCAAACAAUUAUAAGGGACAAGAACCAAAAGCCAUCGCACCCAAGUUUUGCUCUCCGUUAAAAAGGCAAACAGCUGUGGAAUUCCACUUCUCAAAAAACAGCUUACCAAAGGUUGAGCAGAGGAACAAGCAAAUCAUUAAAAGCAUUAUUUCAGCACUAUCAUUGGAUAAAAUAGUGUCCAGGACAAUGAAGAAAGUGCAGAAGAACAUGAAAGAUGCCUCAGUGCAAACGAUGACACCAAUAUGUGAAGUGUGUGAUAUUCGUGAUUCGACAAAACUUCAAGACGCAAGUACAUCGGUGGACCCUGAUCAUUUCUCCAUGUCGGUGCACACGCAGGUGAUCGAAGAGGACCUAUACAGUUCUAAGUCCAUGUUUAAUCCCAGCGGCAGCAGCAGUAGCGGCGCUCCUAUGUCAAUAGCACAUCUCACUCCGGCGCAACUUGUAUCGCAGUUGGCAGCGCGGGCGAAGACCUUGAAGCAAACAGACCAUUCAAGUCAUAGCGGGCCAGGAACUAACCGAUCCAAUUACGAGUAUGAUUAUCGACGUGGUAAUCAAUAUCAUAAUUCUAACUACGAUUAUCGAUACCAAUAA